UUGGCUUCCACUGACGAAACGUCUACUCGAAAACAUAUUGUUGUCUCUAUAUAACUAAAGCUUAUGAGUGAGAUAGCUAUAUACACCUGUGGUUCCUUUUAACUCCAGUACUAAAUUAAACAGUCUACAGUGUGUUGCGGAAAUGAAAGCACGUAUUUUACGUAUUAUUUGAUUUCAAUUACAUGUUUAAAUUUCUUUAUAUCAAACAUGUCUAUUUUAUUGGAGUUAUGGGCGUUGCUGAAAUUGGUGGCGACUGUCUUUGUACUACCAUUUUACGGCAUGAUGGCUUUUGCGUUCCUCGCGUAUGCCUCCAAAGAUUUUGUAGAACAAUGCUUCUUCCUAACAAUAUUCAUUGUAAUGGUCACCGAUGUUGUAUUCGACAUAGUACUAAUACUAGCCUCUUAUAGAAAAAGCGCAUGCAUGUUUUUCUUCUACUUUGUUUAUGGACUUCUGUACGCAACAACAGUUCCAAUGAUAUUCUUUAUAUGGUUUGCGUACGCGACAAUUGCUCAUAACAUUGACUGGCAUAAACCUCGUGUGAAGAAGUACCUUAUAAUAACUUCAAGUAUACUCACCAGUAUCUUAAUUGUACACGGUUACGCCCUGUAUUUAAUUAAAAAGGAAAUUGAUAAGAUACAUAUGGGAUAUGAAUUUAAUUUCGUAAAGCAAAGUUCCGCCUCCAGGAAUUCUCUGCUGCCUUCGAACAGAGAACAACAGGUGUAAGAAAGAACUACGAAAACGAUAGAAUGGUACUUAUCUAAUUGGAGCGAUCGAAAUAUCAAUGACUGCUUUUAUAAUUUUAAAUCUUUGUGUUUUUUCCUUUUAUAUCCAUUCCGACGACAAACUCAUAUCCAAUUGGAUGUUAAGGGAUUGGAUUAUCACAGAUAUAAUUUAAUUAUUUUUAAUUUUAAUGAUUGUUUUAUCGUGGGUUUCUAAAACUUAAAUCUCAGUUUAAAGCAUUCU